CUCUCUGUAAUCUAUGCCCACUAUUGCGCACACGCCAUAUAUUGCAAUUUUGUAAAAGUCUUUUGAAUGCAUUUUUUACUAUUUAAAAUAAAGUACACGUUAUAAGUCGAAAUUAUCGUCAUUUAAUUUAAAAUCCAUACCUGGCCCCUACAUGGUCCUGGAUCGAGCCGGAUGGAUAUACUUACCAGCUCAUACUUUGUUGAAAAAGAAGAUUACAUACAAUACUGAAGCCGUGGAGUGCAAAUUUAAUGGAACGGGAUUGCACGCCAUCGAAGAGUGGUCGAGAGUUCAAAGUUCAAGUGUGGAAAUCCUUUGUUAAAUGAUUAUUUUGUAUAAUUUGAACCCAACACUCAAUUAAUCAGGUAUUUUAGGCUUAUUUCGACGUAAUGGUAAGACCGAUCAUACCUGUCUCCCAAAAAUGACUGAGCAAAAGGAACUAAUAAAGAAACGUAGCAGCAUCAAAGGUCGAUUAACAGCGUUCGCGAGUCAUCUGAAAACAAUAGAUGAAUCAACGAUCACUGCCACAGAGGUCAGGGAGUUACAAUUGCGCAUUGGUAAGAUCGAAGCUUUAUAUCACUUAUACGAUGAGGUACAGUUGAAAAUAGAGUGCAGCUCUGAUAACAUGGAUAUACAAAUGGCUGAAAGAACAGAGUUUGAAACUCAGUAUUAUAAAACAUGCGCUCAUGCACAUGAAAUUCUAAAUACCUACCAAAGGCUACAUGAGAAGAUUGAAAACGCAUCGAAUGCUUCACAUUCACGCGCUAAUCAUAGACUUGUUAAGUUACCUACCAUCCAGCUGCCCAAAUUUGGAGGUUCAUAUGAUGGAUGGUUGGAGUUUCACGACACAUUCUCAAGUUUAAUUCACAACAAUGAUGAUAUCGAUGAAGUAAAUAAAUUUCAUUACUUGAGGGCGUCGUUAGAGGGUUCGGCUGCUGUAGUUAUUCAAUCUGUUGAUUUUUCCGCAACCAAUUAUUUAGUGGCAUGGAAGCUCUUAUGUGAACGGUUUGACAACAAACGUUUAUUAAUACAAAAUCAUGUCGCUGCUUUAUUUAACAUCGACCCGAUCACAAAGGAGUCAUCUGUCAAUUUGAAACGUUUGAUAGAUCAAAUCAAUAAGAACUUGCGCGCACUUGAGUCGUUAGGAGAACCAGUAACGCAUUGGGACACACUUUUAAUUCACAUCGUCACACAAAAAUUAGAUGCAAAAACUUACCGUGAGUGGGAAGAGUACAAGGGUAAUUUAGGAAAAGGUAAAGAUAAAACUAUUAAAUUUGAUUCCUUUUUAGAAUUUUUGCAUAAUCGAGCUGAUUUAAUUGAGACCAUUGAAAUGUCACAAAAUGCUCAAAAAACUGGUAGUAGUAAAUGUGCAACAAAAAUUAAGACUAUGGUUUCUGUUCAAGGUGGUUCUUAUAAUAUCAAUAAUCCUUCGACCACUACUAAGAACUAUAAAAAUCAUUCGCCAAUGAAACCAUGCCCUAACUGUAAUGGUGAACAUUAUUUAAAUAAUUGUCCGAACUUUCUCGCAUUGAGUAGUGAAGCACGGUACAAGUUGUUACCCAAUUAUAAGAUAUGUUUUAAUUGUUUUCGUAGUGGACACUAUGCGAACUCGUGUAAGAAGUCAGGGUGUAAGGUUUGCAAACGUAAACACCACACACUCAUACACGUAAACGAGUUUGGCGUGAGACAGUCGACAGCAUCGGUGUCAGCUGAUUGUGAUAACGGCAACAAUGCUAGUGAGUCGAGUCAAUCAAUCAAGUCUCAGCCUUCUGUGGUUCCGAGCAGUUCUCACAAUCCGAGCGUCGUACUUUCGGGAACCGUGAUGACCACUAAUGAGAAUUCAGGUCAAGGUCAGUGUGAUGUUCUAUUAUCUACUGCGUUAGUGAAAUUAUAUGACAGCAAUAACCGUGAGGUCAUCGCCCGUGCGAUACUCGACAGCGGUAGCACUUCGUGUCUCAUGACUGAGGAUUUGUAUAAACAAUUAAAUUUACCAGUUAAUUGCAUAAAUAAGUCUGUCAUAGGCAUAAAUAAUAUAACAUCACAUAUUAGUCAGAUGUGUCGCGUACAAGUCAAAUCUUUAAAUGAGAAUUUUUCAACUUGUCUAAGUUGUUUCAUCCUGCCGUCCAUCACUGAUAACGUUCCUGGAUGUCGGAUAGAUGUUAGAAGUUUAAGGGUUCCUUCAGAUAUUUGCCUAGCGGAUCCCAAGUACUACUUACCUUCUGCCAUCAAUCUUAUUAUUGGUGCUGAUGUUUUCUGGGACAUUUUGGGUUCUCAAAGAAUUAAAUUAGGGAAUGGCAAGCCGAUUCUUUAUGAGACUAGACUUGGUUGGAUAGUCUCUGGUCCAGUAACCAGCGGCCAUACAUCGACUUGGCCAUGUAAAAUUAAAUGCAAUUUCACUCAAGUUGAUUCCAUGACUUCUUAUAAUUUUAAUGAUGACAUCCAAAACCAACUCAUGCGUUUUUGGCAGCUUGAAGAAGUCUGUCCUCAGUCAAAUCAUUAUUUCCCUGAAGAGAAGUUAUGUGAAGAACAUUUUGUUAAAAAUACAACUCGCCUCGCAGACGGACGGUUUUGCGUAAGAAUCCCAUUGAAACAAGCGCCUGACGUUUUGGGAAGUUCUUAUCAGCGAGCUAAACAUUGCUUAUUAUCUUUGGAGCGUCGACUCAAAGGUGAUGAUUCAUUUAGUAAAAUGUACAAGGAAUUUAUGCGCGAGUAUAAAAAUCUUGGUCACAUGUCAGAGUGCAAACCGAAUAUUGAGUUGCCUCAUUACUUCAUUCCACGUCAUGGUGUCCUUCGUGAAUGUAGUACGACCACUAAGUUGCGCGUCGUAUUUAAUGCGAGCAGCCCUACUUCCUCAAGGGUUUCAUUUAACGACAUUCAAAUGAUAGGACCCACGGUGCAAGACGAUCUUCUGUCAAUUCUUUUACGUUUUCGGCAGCACAAGUAUGUUCUUGUAGCUGACGUGGAGAAAAUGUAUAGGCAGAUCGUCGUGCAUGAAGCGGACAGACCGUUACAACAGAUUAUUUGGCGCGAAAACGAGUCAGAUUCACUCAAAGCAUAUGCUUUAAACAGAGUCAGUUAUGGGACUGCUAGCGCACCCUAUCUCGCUAGUAGAUGUUUGAAACAAAUAGGUAUAGAAUGUAAGGACCCCACGAUAGCGGACAUCAUUAUCCAUGAUUUUUAUGUCGACGAUUUGUUGACUGGAAGUGACUCCAUCAGCGAAGCAUUGCGCAUCCGUGAGCAAGUUUCUGCUGAAUUAGCAUCAGCUUGCAUGCCCUUGAGAAAAUGGAAGUCCAAUGAACCUCAACUGUUAUCACAAGCCAGUCAUCAACCAUCCCUUGAAUUAAAACUCGGAGAUGCUGAACCUAAUAAGACUCUUGGCCUCGGAUGGGAUUCAGAGUCAGACCAAUUUCAUUUUCCUGUCAAUCCUGUCAUUGUUAAGGGAAAAACAAAGCGUGACAUCCUCUCUGUCAUAGCUCAAAUAUUUGACCCACUUGGGAUCUUAUCACCUUUCAUCAUUUCGAUGAAAUUAAUUUUACAAAGGUUGUGGCUUCAACGCUUAUCUUGGGAUGAGGAGUUGCCUUCAGAGAUAUACCAGGCGUGGAUCGAAACUGUCCACAGCCUGCCUCAUUUGAGCAGCUUGCGCAUACCGCGACGUGUCAUUUGUGAUUCUCACUCCCAGUUGGAGUUACACAUUUUUACUGACGCGUCUGAGCGUGCAUAUGGUGCUUGUGUUUAUGUGCGUAGUAUUGACUACGACGAUGCAGUCUCAGUUCAGCUACUUACCGCUAAGAGCCGGGUUGCUCCCAUAAAGCCAACGACUAUACCCCGACUAGAACUCUGCGGCGCGUUGAUUGGUGCUCGAAUUUAUGAGAAAUGUGUAACUGCAUUGCGUGCUAAAAUCAACCGCGUUAUAUUUUGGUCAGAUUCUACCAUUGUUUUAGGCUGGCUAAAAAUGUUGCCAUCUAAAUUACAGCCAUUCGUGCGUAAUCGUAUUGCAGAGAUUUUAGAUAAAACUGGAAGCUGCACUUGGAGACAUGUCCCGACUGAUGAGAAUACCGCUGAUUUGACAUCGCGUGGUGUCAGUAUUAAUUCUCUUCAGUUUCACAAGUUAUGGUGGCAUGGUCCAGAUUAUUUAAAACGUAGUGACUCGCAUUGGCCCUCUAACCCAUGUGCCACUGACAAGUUACCUGAGAUUAGAAACGAAGUUUCAUUACUAACAUUAUCCAACGCCCCUCGCGAACUCAUAGAUUUUAGUCGCUUUUCAAGGUUUUCAAGGCUUUUGCGCACCGUUGCGUACGUGUUGCGAUUUAUAAACAAUUUAAAAAAAGGGUCAAAACGUAAUGAUAAAUAUUUAAGUGCUGACGAAUUGCAGAAUGCUAAGGUUUUGAUUAUGAGACAUUCGCAAAUGAAAUCGUUCCCUGAGUAUGAUUUAUUGAUUAGAAAACACAAAAUCCCUAAUAAAAGCCCGCUGAUUAAAUUUAACGUUUAUUUAGAUAAAGAUAACUUAAUUCGCGUCGGAGGUCGAUUGGAUAAUUCAAAUUUUCCAUUUGAGAAAAAACACCCUAUCGUAUUACAGUCCACACAUCAUGUCACUAAGUUAUUGUUUGAGUUUGAACACAGAAGAUUAAUGCAUGCAGGCCCUCAACUCCUGUUAGCCACAAUUAGAGAAAACUACUGGCCUAUAGGCGGUCGUAAUUUAGCGAAAAAAUGUUACCGUCAGUGUGUGCGUUGCAAUCGUAUGAAAGGAAAGUCAUUCGCUCCGUUAAUGGGCAACUUACCGCAGCAGAGACUCGAACCUGGAGGUUACGCAUUUGAAAGUGCAGCAGGCGUGGACUAUGCCGGUCCCGUUUCCUGCGCUAGUCGUACUGGUCGCGGUUGUAGACUCAUCAAGUCGUACAUUGCUAUUUUUGUGUGCUUCACUACUAAGGCAGUUCAUUUAGAGUUGGUGGGUAACUUAACGAGCAAUAACUAUCUAUUAGCGUUACGGAGAUUUAUAUCGCGUAGAGGAAAGCCUAGAGACAUAUUUUCAGACAACGGUACCUCAUUCGUUGGCGCAUAUAAUGACCUAUCAAAAUUUCUCAAGGCCAAUUGUGAUUCCUUGGCCGCUGAUUCGGCACAGGAUAACAUCAAUUUUCAUUUUAUUCCCGCGUACAGCCCUAAUUUCGGAGGUCUUUGGGAGGCAGGUGUUAAGUCAACUAAGCAUCAUUUAAAUAGAGUGCUGGGAAAUUGUAACCUAACCUUUGAGGAGCUCACCACAGCAUUGGUUCAGAUUGAGGCGAUCCUUAACUCUCGACCACUAACUCCUUUGUCAUCAGACCCAGAAGACUUAACGCCGCUCACGCCAGGUCAUUUCCUUAUCGGCCGGCCUCUCACUUCCCUGCCCGAAAGGAACUUUCAAGAACACCCUAUUACCAGACUCACACGUUAUCAGAGGAUUGAGCAGAUACGCCAGCAUUUUUGGACUCGAUGGUGUAAGGAAUACGUGGCCCAACUCCAGCAGCGUAUAAAAUGGCGAUCAUGUCAGUAUUCCUUGAAAAUUGGCACCCUAGUCCUUUUGAAGGAAGAAAACCUUCCACCCAUGAAGUGGAAAUUGGGACGCAUUGUCGAGGUAUAUCCUGGUACUGACCAGAUAACCAGAGUGGCUGAUAUUAAAACCAGAAAUGGCGUUGUUCGAAGAUCCUUUAGCAACAUUGUUCCAUUGCUGCCUGAAGAUGACGUCUCCAGUUGAAAGUCGAGCUUUCAACGCGUGGGGGCAUGUUAAGGAUUCAAAUCUUCGCGCCACCGCUCCAUAUCAUUAUGGCGUCUCAUCGGCGUCUACUCUCUGUAAUCUAUGCCCACUAUUGCGCACACGCCAUAUAUUGCAAUUUUGUAAAAGUCUUUUGAAUGCAUUUUUUACUAUUUAAAAUAAAGUACACGUUAUAAGUCGAAA